AUGAAUCUCGAGAGGUUACAUCUUGAACAAUGUUCGAAUUUGGUAGACCUUCACAUGCCCAUUGAAAGUAAGCUCAAAUUCCUUAGCAUCCGUCACUGUACGCAGAUCAGAACCUUGGAUCUUGUGCGAGCUCAGAAACUCGACAUACUAAUAGUGGAAGAAUGUGAGGAUGUGGUAGAAUUACACAUGCCUGUCGACAGUCUAAAGCUCAAACACCUCAGUCUCCAAUGGUGUAAGCUGAAAAUCCUUAACCUUAUGUGGACUCAGAAUCUUGAGAACUUACAUCUUGGACAAUGUUCGAAUUUGGUAGAACUUCACAUGCCCAUUGUAAGUAAGCUCAAAUUCCUUAGCAUCCGUCAUUGUAAGCUUAUCAGGACCUUGGAUCUUGUGUGGGCUCAGAAUCUCGACACACUAAACGUUGUAGAAUGUGAGGAUUUGGAAGAACUUCACAUGCCUGUUGAAAGUCUAAAGCUCAAACACCUCAGACUCCAAUGGUGUAAGCUGAGAACCCUUAACCUUACACAGGCUCGGAAUCUCAAAAAUUUAAGUUUAGAAUGUGACGAUUUGCUAGAACUUCACAUGUCCACAGAAAGUCCUGAGCUCAAUCAAAUUGUCAUUGGUUGUUCUAAGCUGAGAACCCUUUACCUUGGGCUGUCUCCUUAUCUUAAGCACUUAGAUCUUUAUUAUUGUUCUAACUUGGUAGAAUUUCAUGCUCUGGUUGGAUGUCUAAGUGGUAGUGUCAUGUUCAAACCUUGUUUAGUUAAACAAGGGUUUCCUAUGAGUGGUUCUUUACCUGAAUUACAUCUAACUGCGAGGCCGUUAGGUACAUGCCCAUUGCACCCUGACAAUAAUUUGCCUAAGUUCCAUUUUCAUUGUACUUACAAGGAACUUCUACUCUCAUCGACCGAAAAUCUUGCAAAGCUUAUUUCUCUUGGCCUAUGUGCUUGCACAAACCUUGCGAGUUUAUCAAGAAUUAUUUGUGGUGUACAAUUACGAAAGCUUACUCUCGAAGGCAGUAUUCCAGAGGCGCCCAAGGAGCUUAACCAGUUAGAAUGUCUGGAGGAGCUAAAUUUGUUGUCAACAAAUAUUGAACAUGUUCCGGAUAGCAUUGCUACAUUGAAACAUCUUAAAUUUCUCCAGUUUAAAUCUUGUCGGUUUCUUAAGCAGUUACCUGAGAAUAUUGGCAGAUUAGAGUGUUUAGAAGAGCUGCACUUUACGGAUUGCACAUCCUUGCGAGAUAUUCCAAACAGCAUCUGUGAGAUGAAACGUCUAAAAUGUUUCCAUCUUACAGACUGUAUUCUAGUUGAGAAAUUGCCUAAGGAAAUAGGAUACUUAAAAUGUUUAGAAGUGUUAAAUAUACAAGGUACACGCAUAAGAGAUUUUCCACCCAACAUUUCUCAAUUGGAAGAUCUGACAAUAUUGUUCUAG